AUGGUAACUGCUACAUUAUCCCACACGUCCAAAACUUUUAAACAACCAUCGAGUCCGUUGAAAAUUGAUCAAAUUCUGACAGGACAAGAAUUAAUAGCUGCCUUAAACAAACGCUGCAUAUUCAUAUUGUCACAUAAAGGAGAAGGUGUAUUAUCAUCACUGGAUUAUUUUAAUUUCAACACGAGUCAAGCGGACACGAAUCAUUCUAUAUUCAUACAAGCAAAUGAUGGUAUUCGUACGCUGAGUAAAUCGACCAUGACCUACGAUUUGCUGAUCCGGGACAAAUUUUUAAAUUUACUCGUGGCCACAACAGGCAAGCGUUGGCCUGAAAUAUUACAACAUUACUCUUGUUCACAGCAACCUGGCGGUUUCCAUGAACGUUGUUCUGUACUGUGUUUCGAUAAUGAGCGUGAAAAAAUAUUCUACGACAACUUUGAAUCAGAAGAAGACCUCGAAAAACACCUAAAUUACCAGUAUGAUACUCGCUCGACUUCAGUGCCAAUUGACAAUACUCAAGCAACCGUUGAACAGUGCUUUGCUGCACGAGUUGGACUUGGCUUUCGUUAUUAUACGUUCACUAAAGGCGCGUAUAUUUUAUUGGCGAAGCAUUGUGUUUACAUGCAAACGAACAACGACAAAUUCAACUUCUAUUCGACCAACAUUACCAUUCGAACCGAACAACAGAGAGCCAUUGAACGUCGAGCAUCUCAAAUUUUAGUCCGUAUCGCUGUGAAUGUACAACAACUGAUUGACAGCUUGGAAGUUCUUGAACAAAUUGACAGCAUCUGGUCAACCACAGUUAGUCGCGACUUUAUCAACGCAUGCGCUGAAAAGGCUCGGGAAAAAUUUGGUCCAUCAUCAAAAGAUACGGAAGCCGAAAGAUCUAGAUUGAGACCACCCGCUGACAAUUGUAUCGAAGUCGACGAAACUGCAGCGCAAAUUGCUGUGAAUUUUUACACCCGUCUUGUUUUGCCGCAAGUGAUGCAUUUGUUUGACUAUGUCGUCGAUGUAGGCGAAACAUUACCUACUGAUAAUCGUUUGGCUCGAAAAAUAAUUCUGGAACUACCAUAUCGUUUUUUCACUCAAACGAUGCUAAACGGCAAUGGAUCUAUAUUGAAAAAUGUGAACAAAGAUCAAAUGAAACGUAUUUUAUCAAUGUUAAAUCAUGAUGGAAUAAUUUUUGCCGCUGAGAAACCGUGCGAAAAACUAUUUCGUAGUCUUACAAGCAACUUCAUGCAGACCACUUAUAUGAAAUGUUUACCAGACAGUGAAGAGAGACAGCAAUUCGCUAGGUUAUUGUUAACUAAAUAUGGAUCUACGUUCGAUGAAUAUGAGCAGUAUUAUUCGUCAAAUGCAUUUAUGCUCGAACAACAUCAACCGACGUCCAUUGGCUUGCAAGCUAUCAACAAACAACAAUAUCGAGCAUUGAUAAAAGAUUUGGGUACCUGGAUUCAGAUGCAUGCUGACAAACACAGUUCGCAGUCGAAGACCAAAACAACGAGAAAAGCAGAUAUGUUACAAAAAUAUGACGAGAACAUUUCGCCACCACUACUAUAUAUUACCUCUAAUUCGGCAAAUGAUUUGAAUCAAAGCGAAAUUGAUUUGCAAGAACAUGCCCUCAAGAUUAUCAGUGAAUGUCAGCAUAGAGAAUUGUGUCGAAAAAUACUAUUGCAACCAACGCUGAUGUUUACACGUACAAUGUUAUUUGCAAUAUCAAAAGAUAAAGCACAUCAUCGCAUUGCACUCGAUGUUUUGCAUAAAACCUGUAUGGUAUUAACCGGUGAUUUCCUUCAAAAUAAUGAAAAACCUGUGGAAACAUUUGUGAAAUUUUUACCUUCUACACCUUCACACCAGUCUUCCGUUGAGACAUUCGAGCAGGUAUUAGCUGCAUUCGGUAUCACCGUCGACAACUAUGUUGCCAUGUGUACAUGUUCUUCACAGCCACUAAGUAACAGACAUACACUAGCUCAUUAUACUAUCCGGAUCCAACAAAUGUUUUCUAGGGGGUAAAGCAUAAAACAACAGAGCUAUAUUUGUUAUAUAUCAACUUAAACCUUAUUUUAAAUGCACGUCAAUGGCAUACUGCUUUGCGAUAAAGAAAGUAAAUACUCUUUUCAGAAGGUAGGAUUUUGAAAAGCUCUCUGUAAAAUCCGUUCGCAGUUUCAAGCCUUAAAACAGCAAUGGUUUUGCUGUUUACAUAGAUAAAUAGGCUACAAGGAAACCCAUGCCACGCCACAACCAUGCUAGAUGAAGACUUCGGACGGUUUCACUUUUUACAGGACACUGGACACUAUUUAUCUUUGUAAAACGACAAAUACAUUCCUAUUUCAAAUACUGCAACUCUGAUCAGAUUUUCCAAAGCCCUUUCAAAAUCCUACCUUCUAAAAAAAUUUUUUACUUUCUUUAUCACAAAACACUAUGCCAUUGAUGUCCACUUAAAAUCACCUUUCAUUCGAUAUAUAAGUAUCUCUGCUAGUUUACGCUGUACCCGAUAAAAAACACUAUUCUACUAUUCUGCUAUUCUACUAUUCUACUAUUCUACUAUUCUGCUAUUCUACUACUGUUCUACUAUUCCAGUCAACUCUAUCCUACAACUUGAAUCGUAAUAUAAUGCAUUAAUGCUCAUAAUGCAUUACUAAUACGCCAUAAAAAUGUUCUUCUAUUCUACUUAGUAACAUACAAUUCUAAGUGUCCCAUAGAAUACUACACAGACUGAAAAUUUCCAUGUAACAGAAAUUCGCCCAGCUCUGCAAGAUUUCGACAUUCCGUCACACUCACUGGUCACUAUAUUUAUCUGCGUCCGUCACACUUACUGCUCACUGUAUGUAUGUACGUCUGUCACACUGCCGCAUGACUAUAUGUAUGCACGUCCGUCACACUCACUGGUCAAUGUGUAUAUGUACGUAUGUCACACUGCCGCAUGACUGUAUGUAUGUACGUCCGUCACACUCACUGGUCACUAUAUUUACCUGCGUCCGUCACACUCACUGGUCAAUGUGUAUAUGUACGUCUGUCACACUGCCGCAUGACUAUAUGUAUGCACGUCCGUCACACUCACUGGUCAAUAUGUAUAUGUACGUCUGUCACACUGCCGCAUGACUGUAUGUAUGUACGUCCGUCACACUCACUGGUCAAUUAUGUAUGUACGUCCGUCACACUCACUGGUCACUGUAUAUAUGUACGUCUGCCACACUCACUGGUCACUGUAUGUAUGCACGUCCGUCACACUGCCGCAUGACUGUAUGUAUGUACGUCCGUCACACUCACUGGUCACUGUAUGUAUGUCCGUCCGUCACACUUACUGGUCACCGUAUAUAUGUACGUCUGUCACACUGCCACAUGACUAUUAAAGGUCGAAAACAUUCUGAAGAAUUUUGCUUGAAGAAAAAUAAUUCUUCCCCAGUAAAUAACGAACGAGAUAGUGUAACUUUAAGUAAUUAACUUUUUUCUCAGUUAAAUAAUGUAAGUAAGCUGAGAAAACUUCAGGACAUAUACUUCGAAGUAUCCUCUACAAAUUGGGAGGGCUUGAACAAAAAAUUAAAACCUUGAAAAUAUCACUGGUUUUUGGC